GCUUUCAGAAGUGGAAGAGAAGUACAAUACAUUAACCCAGAUGUAUGAGACAAUAGAGCUAAGUGGGGGAGUUCGCCAAGCGGGGUCUAUUGUAGACAUUCUUCUAUCUUGUAUGCUGAGAUUGCCACAGAAAUAUCGCCCACAAGCCGUCCUAGAUAAGCUGUCAGAUGCAAGUAAAGACUUGGAGGAGUACCAGCGUGAAGCAGCACAUGAAUGUGGGGUGGGAAUAGCUCAAAUGGAAAAUGAAUGGGCCCCUCUAUUGGCCCUAGUGAGGGACACCCAGCAUGACUUAUUUCGCAUGUGUUCUUUGCUCCUUCGAGCUGCAUCUUCAGAGGAUGAGGAAAGAUGGCGUGAGGCCGUUCGGCAAGCUCGUCUAACGUAUCCACAUAAAUUCGACACCUUGUCAGAUGAAGAAAUAGCAGAGGACGCAGUCCAAACUAUAAAAAUGGUACAAAAAACGGCGCAAGCAGCAUUAGAUGCGCAAGGCCAUAAUGUUCUUCUGCCUUUAAUAAAUCUCAGUCCGGCAUUGACUCGUUCUGUAUCUGAAUCUCCUACACUAGCGUCUCUUCUUGGCUUGCCCCCACACUUACGAGUAUAUUACUUCGAGCAGAAUGUAGAAGUGUUCGUAGAUAGUGCACGACGGCCGUGCGUACUGUGUGCGCGUUUGACGAACGGGUCCGUUCGCCGUUGGCUGAUCAAAGCUGAAUCGCCACGAGCUGAUCGAGCCGCUUUCGCCGUGGCUCAUGCUUUACGUCGCUUGCAUCCGUUGAGGGCACAAUAUGUCGGCAGCUAUGUUGUCCGAGCACUGACUUCAGACUGCUCCCUAAUGGAGUUCCUAGAGGACCACAAGCGUCUAGACGAGCUCGCUUCAAACAAUUCAGCGCUAGCUCUACGCGAAGCGAUGCGCAAGCGCAGUGUUACCGCUCAGCACUUUCUAGACAAACAGAGAAGAUUUACCGAAACUGUAGCAGCCGGUACUGUGCUGACUGCGCUUUUAGGAGUUGGCGAUCGGCAUCCGCAGAAUUUACUCGUGAGCGAAGAAGGGGCGUUGGUGCACGUGGAUUGGGCGUGCUCGCCCCGACAUGAUAUGCUGGCCGUUGAACCAACUCCAGUUCGACUCACGCGUAACAUGAUAGCAUUAGCUACUCCUGGACUGGAGAGCCUAAUACUGGAAUGGAGUGAAUUGAUUCGGGAAUACGCCCCUGAAAUGAUUGCUACUUUGCGGGUAGUCUAUCGAUACUUACCUAACUCUCAACUCUUCAAGCUGGAAAUGAUGGAGCAGCUCGUGCGUGGUCAGCUUGUCAGCCAUCAGCUGCCGUUGCAGCAUUUAAAGCAUCAGCAAAGGCGAUGUGCUUCUCUCGAAUCCGUUCUUGCUGAUCGAUUCCAAGACUUUCCUGACAAGGAAUCAUAUUCGGUACAAGAGCAGACAGACACACACUCAAGACGCCAGUCAACAUGGAAGCUUUCUAAACACCACGAUAAAAACAUGGGUGGUUCUUCCUGGUGAAGACUCUAUGACUGUGGAAAUGACUACGUCCUAGCUGGUAAAGAUAAGUAUGAAGUUGAGGCGAUUACAGCGCCAUCUUUUCUAUCUAAGCGGAACUAUUUCACUCGGUAUGUAUCGCACUUCAUGGCUAAGUAUACAUUGCUUCUUCAUUAUACAAUGCUGUAUGUUUUCCUUCUCGGCACAUAAUAUCGGUUUUAUUUUUAUGUAAAACCGUCAUAUUAAAAGGGAAAUCUAUAUUCUUAAAAUUAUUGAAUUUCAAUUAGACAGUCAAUUGCACUUUUUGUCUCUUUCCGUCAAAGUGUGUUUACACCGUGGUGUAGAGAUGAUAUGAAGAUAUGAUAUCACUCGAUGAGUAGCAUUGAUAUUGAUACAUUAGAGUUACUUCAAAGUUCUAGUUAAAGUUACCAAUAUCGAUAACUUUGAAUUUGUCUAAUUAAUUAGACGAUUGAUAGUGUACGAGUAUUUCGCCAAUGUAUUUCGACUAAAUAUUUUAAAAAUUUGGUUUUUUAAUGAAUUUUUCAUUUAACUAUAAUGAAAAUCUUCCCGGAAGUCAUUUUUUUUACGAAAUAGUA